AUGCCUAGUUAUGCUAAGUUUCUGAAGGAUAUCUUAAGCAAUAAGAAGAAGUUGACUGAGUAUGAGACAGUAACCCUAACUAAAGGAUGUAGCGCACUUUUGACCAAUAGCAUACCCUCUAAGCUAAAAGAUCCAGGGAGUUUUACCAUUCCUUGUUCAAGAGGAGGGAAGGAGACAAGGAAAGCCCUAUGUGACUUAGGAGCUAGUAUUAACCUCAUGCCUUUGUCUGUCUUUAACACCUUAGGCAUAGGAGAGGAUAGACCCACCACCAUCACACUCCAAUUGGCCAACAAGUCCAUAGCAUAUCCUAAGGGGAAAAUUGAAGAUGUUUUGGUACAGGUUGACAAGUUCAUAUUUUCGGCAGACUUUAUCAUACUAGAUUUUGAGGCCGAUAAGACAUUCCGAUCAUUUUAA